AUGGCUUGUAUGAUUGCAUUGAGCUUGCGGGAUUCCGCAACGGAUAUGGAGAAUCCAUCUCAUUCCUUGCACAAUACUUGGUACAAGAGCCUGGCGCUACUACGAGAUAUGGGCCUGGAAGCACCCGACACUCAGCCUCCGGACUAUAGCCUGCAGAUCGCAGAGUACAGUUAUGUCUGCGUGAACCAAGAGCACCCUCAGGAAGUCAUCUAUCUAUACCGUAAGCUUGGCUGCCCACCGAAGCCGCCUUUCUGCGUUUCUGACCCCACUGCACAUCCACUAGCCCAAUGCUCGGACGACAAGUUCAAGGCUCUCCAGGCGGAGUGUACGCUCGAGACCUCGACACUGAAACAGUUGCUCUCGCCUCUCCUAAGAUCACCUAUUUCGGCGGACGCUAUACUUCAACUCCCUAAUUGCCUUUGGCUUAUUCACCCAGGUGCGGAUUCCGGCCCGAAAUGCUUGGAGUUCAUGACCUUUCACAAUCCCGCGCGUCCAAUGAUGUUAUAUCCGUUCCUCGAACCGCAUUUGCCGGGAGGCUCAUGUGAAGGGUUAUCGCAUGCACCAGUGAGGUCCUACUCCACUAACUCUCUCGUGUUACCAAAUGGAGACAGGGUGCUGUUUUUUUGCAUCGAGUGGAAGAGCCUUCAGGAUCGCGCAGCUCUCUUCGCGAAACCAUCGUUGAGAAAGCAGAUGAAGACCGCCAACGCGGGCUAUCGAGCCCCCUUUCUUCAGGCACUCGGAAAGACAGAGGAGGAGCUCACGUGGGAAGAGGAUGUCCAUAUCUUCUUUGACAGUACGGGAGCCAAAGGGACCCAGCGUCAGUUUCUCACCGGAACGUUAGCGACCAAUGACUAUUUGGGCCAGAGUCAAGGGAUCCGAAAGAGAAAAGGGCCAUGCGUGAUUUUUUAA